AUGGAAUCAAAUACACCUCCUCAUCACUCCAGACAAGAAUCUUGGAAUACGGAAUUUAACACUACGACAGAGGGUCUAAAAAAUGAUCACCUAGAACUUAAAAAGGAUAUAGCACAAAAAAGAGGAACAGUGAGGUGUUGGAGAUCUAAACCUGAUGCAGAAAUGGAACAUUCUCGUCUCUUUCCACUCUGUAAAUACGUUUUAGAUAAGAACGUAGGAAACGUACCUCUCAUGAGCAGCACCUUCUCCUUAACUAAAGUCAUCCAGUCCAAUAACACUGAACCGGUGCAUGUGAACUUUGUGAUGCAUCGACAGCGAAUGGAAUCAUUCAUGAACUGGCCAAGAGAUAAAAAGAUACCAAAGCUUGGAAUAAGCUUAGAGAAAUGGACAGAGGAUGACAUACCAUGGAAUCAGCAUGCUUUAUGGAACCCAUAUUGUUCGUAUCUUAGGAUGGUGAAGGGUGAAGAAUUUAUCAUGGAGGUAAUAUUGAAGGAAGGGGGUUCACAAUAUGAAUUACACGAGAAUGUCGACGACAUCUGA